AUGUCCCGCAAUCACAAGGACAAAUAUGAGAACUCCAACCCACGUCGUAUGUAUACACUCAUGUGCCCUGAGGACUAUCAAUCGGGGAAGAAAUCUCAUUGGUCGGAGUUGGAGAUAACAGGCAGUAUACGAAAUUUAAGCCCUAAUUUGUGGCAAAUGACUCAUUUAACAGCUCUGUAUCUGAACGAUAAUAGUCUGCAGAGGUUGCCAUCUGAGAUCGGCCGUCUUGUUAACUUACGUAUUCUAGAUCUGAGUAGCAACAAGCUACGCAGUCUGCCUGCUGAACUAGGGGAGCUCAUCUAUCUCAGGGAGUUGUUAUUGAACCAAAACUUCCUUCGCGUGUUACCGUAUGAAUUAGGGAAGUUGUUCCAGUUACAAGUGCUAGGACUUCAAGGAAAUCCACUCAGCAAGGAUGUGAUGACGUUGUAUGGGAAUGGGGAGCCUGCAGGGACGAACAAGCUGCUGACAUACAUGUUGGACAAUUUACAAGGUAAGUGGAAAGCUUUUAUUUACUGA